AACUUAGCUUAUCCUUAUCUGCUAUCGUCGUGAAGGUUCAUCCAUCUUCACUCACAGCACACACGGCGACGACUUGCUUCACUAACAAGCGUAUCGUUUAUUUCAAUCUUUUAUAAGUACCCUACAUAGGUCCUCUCCCACAGCUUUGUUAUCCCACCGUCACCUUGCGAAGCGUGGUAGCGACAAUAUCCCCAACUCUCGAGUCCCGAGCCGAGAGCGUCCUCCCGACUCGCUUUAUCUCCCGGUCGCGAACGGUUGCGCUGCCAUCGACACACAGCCAGGAUGGCUUCCCAGGCCCUCACCACCAUCUCUCUCACUUCUCUCCCCAAGCUCUCGCAGGGAAAGGUCAGGGACCUCUUCUCCCUCCCGGGUAACCGCACGCUUCUUUUCGUCACAUCGGAUCGUAUAAGUGCCUACGACGUAAUCCUCAAGAAUGGCAUCGCCUCGAAGGGACAGAUUUUGACUCUGCUGUCGGCCAAGUGGUUCGAGAUCCUCUCCUCCCGCAUCCCGGACCUGAAGCACCACUUCAUUACUUUAACCCCUCCCCCAGCACCUGGCGUGGUCACGCCCGAUGAGCAGCGCAUGCUCCGCGGCCGGUCUAUGGUCGUUCGCCGCUUGAAAAUCUUCCCGAUUGAAGCGAUUGUGCGCGGGUACGUGACGGGGGGCGCAUGGUUAGAGUACGAGGAGAACCAGACGAUCCACGGGCUGCGGCUCCCCGCGGGGCUCCAGCGCUGCCAGCAGCUGCCCCAGCCCAUCUACACGCCGUCAACGAAGGCCGAGCUGGGCGAAAAGGACAUCAACAUUUCGCCGGCCGAGGCGCGGGCCAUUGUCGGCGACAAGUACGCCACGCGCAUCGAGGAGCUCGCGCUUGCCUGCUACCGAGCCGGGGCUGCGUACGCCGAAGAGCGUGGGAUUAUCAUCGCCGAUACCAAAUUUGAGGUCGGGCUUGACGAAAAGACCGACGAGAUCUACCUCGUGGACGAGGUUCUCACGCCCGACUCCUCGCGCUUCUGGAGCAAGGAGGAUUACCAAGUUGGCCGCGACCAGGAUUCCUUGGACAAGCAGGUCCUCCGGAACUGGUUGACCGCGAACGGCUUGAAGGGAAAGCCGGACGUGGAGAUGCCCCCCGAGGUGGUGGAGAAGACGCGGGACCGGUACUUGGAGGUGUACGAGCGGCUGACGGGACAGACGCUAGAGGCGGCGCUGAAGGCCCUAGAGGAGUAAGCAUUAGGCCUUCUCCCUGCAGUAGCCGCAUAGGUAGGUAGGUAUGUAAUAUACAAACGAGGCGAUUUCGCCCGGUCUUCGUCGCGUUAUCCCAGGGCAGCAAGCCCCUUUUUAGAUGCUCAGGUGAUACCUACUGCUCCUACUCGCCCGAGCAUGCGUAAAAGGAAACCCGGGGCCAGGCCCGAAUAGCAAAGGGAGUGUUUAACUGUUUCUCUUUUUUUUUUUUAAAAAAAAAACACGGUUCUUUUCGAUAGGUAGGUAUUUUGUUGUCAUCUUCUCGUGUGGUGAGU